ACACGCAAAGUCGAAUCACUUUUCAUAAACACGCACAUCUCCUUCAGGGGCCAUAAUCGCCUCAAAAUGGUCCCCGUAGAUGCGGCCGGCGAUCAAUUCGCCAUUCUUCCUAUCCAGAUGCCCCCAGUGCCUUCAUUCCACGAGACUGCUCUCCACGAAGUACGGAUACGAAGGAAUGCACCCAAAAUUCCUACGGCGAAUGAUUCUCGCAGUCUUUUUUUGAAGAAUAUUCCUGCAGACAGCACAGAACCCCAUUUUAGAGCCGUUUUUACCGCGCUCGUCGGUGCUGGACGAUUCGAGACGAUAACAUUUGAAGGAGAGGACAAGGCUGCGGUUGCCAUUGACCCUGCCAGAGCAGUCAAGGCUGCUGCGCUUGCGCGCAAGCGGAAGAGAAGUGAUGUGGAAGAAGAAGAAAAAGCGGAAGAAGAAGCUGCACAGCUACCGGAAAUUUGGACGCGCCGACUUUACCGAAGCAGCAGUACCGCGAUUGUGUUGCUCGCCGAUGAAAAGAGUGUGCAACUCGUCCUGAAAGCGAUUACAAAGCUCCAGAAGACCAAAAAGUAUCCUGUAUGGGGACAGCACUUGUCAGGCGAUGUUCCACUACUGGGAGCUCCUUGGGUGUCUUCCCAUCUGCGUCUUAGCCGUGCCAAUAAGGCCGAGAUACAAAAAGCUACACAUGCAUUCUUCAAUGUGUUCAACAGGAAGGAGAAGGAAGCUGCUGAGAUCAGCAAGCGACUACGCAACGAACCUGACGAAGAUGGCUUCGUUACUGUUACUCGUGGUGGAAAGGGUACUCCUGCGAACCAAUUCGAAGCCGAGGAGGCUAGACGAAAGAUGAUCGAAAAGGCGGCCAAGAAGAAGUCGGAAAUGAAGGACUUUUACCGAUUCCAGCUGCGAGAACGACGGAAGCAAGAGCAGGCGGAACUGCUGAAGCGUUUCGAGGAAGACAAGAAGAAGGUCAAUGCCAUGCGGGAAAAGAGAGGAAAAUUCAAGCCCGAAACAUGAUAUGGAUGAGCCUGUUACACACUGUCUGUGUAAUGAAGAACAGUAGAGUUUUCGGUCUGAUGAUGGCGUUGAACAAGCGAAGAGAAAACGAGGCAUACGUGGAGCAAUUAUAUGA